AUGGAGAAGAAGUUAAGGAUAAAGAAGAAAGUAUGGAUGGGGAAGAAGUUUGGGAUGGAGAAGAAGUUUGGAAUGGAGAAGAAUCUACUAAUUAAGGAAGCAGAACAAGUUAAGGAGGAUGGAGAAGAAGUUAGGGAAGGAGAAAAAGUGAAGAAUGAAGAACAAGUUAGGGAAGGAGAAGAAGUUAAGGAUGGAGAACAAGUUAGGGAAGGAGAAGAAGAAGUUAAGGAUGGAGAAGUAGUUUGGGAUGGGGAAGAAGUGAAGGAAGGAGAAGAAGUUAAGGAAGAAGAAGAAGAAGAAGUUUUGGAUGGAGAAGAAGUUAAGGGUAAAGAAGAAAGCAUGGAUGGGGAAGAAGUUUGGGAUGGAGAAGAAGAUAAGGAUGGGGAAGAAGUUUGGGAUGGAGGAGAAGUUUGGAAUGGAGGAGAAGAACCAAAGUAUGGAGAAGAAGUUAAGGAAGAGGAAGUUUAG